CGGGACGGACAAAGGUUCAGACCGAGCUACGGUUUCUUCCGUGCCACCUGCACAAAGCCCUAAACCCACACGCGUACCUUCCUGCCCCGCCGCCGCCGGCGAGAUGGGCGGCGCGCGCUCGCAGGUAAACAAGGCGCACAAGACUCGCUUCGCCUCCAAGGCCUCCCGCCAUUCGCACAAGAUCGAUAAGGCUAGGAGCGGGAAGCCGGAGAGUAGCCACCGCGCCGCCGUCAAGGGCGCUCGUGCCGCGCGCGUCCAACGGAGCAAGGCGAUCCGUGAUCAGAAACGUGCUGCCUUGCUAAAGGAGAAACGGUCAAUUGUUGGAUCUUCAAGUGCACCCCGUGUCAUUGUUCUUUGUGGUCUUUCGUCAUCUGCACAUGUUAGACCACUUGCCGAAGAUCUGCUGAUGUUUGCGGCAGGAGGGGAUGAGCACUUGACAUCCAACACUGUUGCCUCUUCCACUUAUAAACUUCGAACCACGGUACUGCAAGCACCAUAUGGUGAUCUUACCUCAUGCAUGGAACUGGCAAAGGUUGCUGAUUUGCUAGCUUUCGUAGUAUCAGCAAAUUCAUUGUACGUUGGAGAUUCAAGCAGCCCAAUUGAUGAGUUUGGAUCACAAUGCCUAUCUGUUUUUCGAGCCAUGGGCCUACCUAGUACAGCUGUUUUCAUUCGAGAUCUCCCAUCCGACACCAAAAGUAGGCAGGAAUUGAAGAAAGCAACAGUCUCUUUCCUAUCCCCAGAGCUGCCUGAGGAUACCAAGUUCUAUGCAGCAGAAACUAAGGAUGAUCUGCAUAAGUUCAUGUGGCUUUUCAAGGAGCAACACCUUUCAUCACCACAUUGGAGAAACCAGAGACCUUAUGUUAUGUCUGAGGAGGCUUCCAUAAAACCUGGAGACAGUAUUGGAUUGUGCACCUUGAUUGUGUCUGGGUAUUUGCGGGCCCACAAUCUUUCGGUGAAUCAGCUGGUCCAUGUGUCAGGUGCUGGUGAUUUUCAGUUAGGAGAAAUUGAUAUCCUCAAGGAUCCAUUUCCUGUUAGUGAAAGGAAAAAAAUUGAUGCUAUGGAUUCCGAUGAUAAUCAAAUUCAGAUUGUUGACACCUUUGUUCCAGAUCCUUUGAAUCAGGAACCUUUACUUGUUGAAAAUAUCUCUGAUCCUCUUGCAGGAGAGCAGACUUGGCCAACGGAAGCCGAGAUGGAAGAAGCCCAUGAAAACAAUAAACAGAGAAAACUAGUAAAGAGACUUCUUCCUCGGGGCACUUCAGAAUACCAGGCUGCUUGGAUUGUUGAUGAUACAGAUGAUGAAGGCAAUGAUUCUGAGGAUGACAACCCGGAUGGUGCUGGAAUGGUAAUUGAUGAGAAAGAUCGGUCAGAAUAUGGCAGUGAUGGUUCAGAUAUGGAUGCAGUAUCUCACUGCAGGGAGAAGUUUGAUGAAGAAACUAUUGGGGGUACUGAGAUGGGAGAUGAUGAAAAUCUGACCAAUGAGCAGAUACAGGCAGAGAUUAAGAAAAUCAAAGAAUCUAAUGCUGAAGAUGAAGAAUUUCCUGAUGAGGUGGAAACACCCUUAGAUGUCCCGGCAAAAAAACGUUUUGCAAAAUACAGAGGACUAAAGUCAUUUAGGACAUCAUCCUGGGACCCUAAGGAAUCUUUGCCACCUGAAUAUGCAAAAAUAUUUGCAUUCGAUAACUUUGCACGAACUCAAAAGCAUGUCCUUGCUAAAACUGCUGAGCUAGAUAGAGGAAGCUCAAAGGAUUGUGCUCAAAUAGGAUCAUAUGUGAUGCUUCACGUGAAAAAUGUCCCUACAGAUGUUGCCUCCAAACUUUGCCAUCCGUCAAGAGGAUUACCUGUGGUUGUUUCUGGUCUUCUUCAACAUGAGUCAAAAAUUUCAGUUCUUCAUUUCAGCAUAAAGAAGCAUGACUCCUAUGAAGCUCCUGUCAAAUGUAAGGAACAUCUUACUUUUAAUGUUGGAUUCCGGCAGUUUACAGCAAGACCACUAUUUUCUUCCGACAACAUCAAUUGCAAUAAGCAUAAGAUGGAGAGAUUUCUACACCAUGGGCGGUUUUCUAUUGCCUCCGUCUAUGCUCCAAUAACUUUUCCACCGGCUCCUCUAAUAGUUUUGAAGAAUAGAGAUGGGGAGCAACCUGCCAUUGCUGCUGUAGGUUCACUAAAAACUGUGGAUCCUGACCAGGUUAUUCUCAAAAAAAUAGUUUUGACUGGGUAUCCUCAGAGAGUCUCAAAACUUAAAGCAAUAGUGAGAUACAUGUUCCAUAGUCCUGAAGACGUCAGAUGGUUCAAGCCUGUUGAGCUGUGGACCAAACAUGGCCGACGUGGCCGAAUCAAAGAGACUGUCGGCACCCAUGGCUCUAUGAAAUGCAUAUUCAACAGCAGCGUUCAGCAGCAUGACACCGUAUGCAUGAGCUUGUACAAACGAGCUUACCCGAAAUGGCCAGAACAGCUCUACCAGAUCUAAGAGUACCUCUUAUACACUUGCAUACCAGAUCUAAUAUUAUGUGAAGUUUCACUAGCAGGGGAAUGGCGGCGCAUGCUGCUUAAUGCAACUCAUGCAUUUGCUCCCAUAGAAGACUCAAUUAGUGGUGGUGAUGUUACAUCUAGACCGUGUCAUUUUUUAUGUCACAUCUAGACAGUCAUUUUUGUGUGUAUCACUUGUUGAUUUGUCACAAAUUAUGAGAUGAGAAUGAAGAUGGAUUAUAUGAUCUAUGAUAAAACAUUAUCUUUUAAAUC